AUGGGGAUGGCGGAUGAUAUUCGUGUUGGGGCUGACGACGAUGCUUUGGACACCACCUGCCCUAAAGGUACGGAGGUUACACGUUUUGUGGUUAGAUGGGCUGCUGGUGAUGUUUUGCCUGACGAUGAGGCUCGAAGCGAUGCUCUUGUUGUGACUGGCAACGCCACUUCAAUUGUAGGUGCCGACGUCACUUGUGUUAUGCCUGAUGAGAAAUGUGUUGUAGAUGGGGACGUGGCGGGAGAUGCCACGUGUGUAGCAGCUGCUGGUUCAAGUUGUGUUGUGGACGGCAAUACGGCUGGAGACUCCAGUUGUGUUGUGGCCUCCUUGGCCACUCCUGUUGUGGCUGGUGACGCGGCUGGUGCAACCACUUGUGGUGCAGCUGGUCGUUCAACUGGUACUGUGGAUGGUGACGCAGGUGGAGACGCCUCUUCUCUUGUGGCUUCUGCUGGCUCUCCUCCUGUGUCCGGCAACGUGGCUGGCGACACCUGCCGUGUUGCAGAGGGCGACGUGGCUGGUGACGCCGCUGUUGUUGCUAAUGCUGGCUCCUGUGAGAAAAAGAUAUAA